GCGCCGAAGUCUCGAAGGGUAUCCAAUAGUCUUUGUGCUGCUAGUGCAGUCCAGGCUGAGGCUGAGCCAGACUGUGCAAUUUUUGACUGAGGCGCUAGGCGAAAUGCACACUAGUUCCAGAAUUGCACUUUCGAAAACGUCACUGUCAGCCCCCUUCUCACUUUUGCACUCAGCUACUACGCAUUAUGUGCAAAUAUAUACUUAAACACCGGAAUUGCACAGUAAACAUCUUUUUCCUUGUCGUGUCCUUUUGCAUUUCAACUAACCUGUGUACCCCUGUUUUUUGCAUGCUGCCAAGGUUGUUCCCUGGUGGUUGUUCUAGUACAUAUAUGCGCUUUACUCAUAAUCAUCUCAUAUUAUUCAAGUGCAACAAUUCCACUACCUGUCGCUUUUGCACCCCCGGCUCACUAAUAAGGUUUGCAAGAUGACAAAAGACUGGGAUCUAGUCCAAGAUGAAGUCAAGGAGCUUUCGUUCUCACAAAAGAAAACACUCGAGGAAGUGAAAGAGAUGAUGGAACGGAAAUACAGGUUUUGCGCUUCUACAAGGGCGUAUCGUAUGAAGUUGAAAGAGUGGGGGCUCAUGAGACACAAGCCGCGCGGUACUGUUCAGCACCGACGUAGUAGAAGGCAGAGGAGCAAGAGUAGUCCAGCGGUCGACAAUGACGGAUGGGAGGAGCAACCAAGUGGGACAGAUGAGACUGUGAUCACGAAUGAAUCAUUACCAGAGAAUCCCUUGGAGACUAGGGAUUGGCAGAUUGGUGCUAAUCUGCCGAGUCUGGCUGCUGACGAAGCGGUUGAUAAUGUGGAGCCAACGUUCAUGGAGCCUCAAGACCUCCAAGUACCUCCUCAAACGUGGCCUGUAGAUUCUUCUCAGACAUCAGCCAUAGUAUUGGAUAUGGUUGAAGCAAUCCUCGAUAGCGACGCUGAGCGGCUCGAAAGGCUCAUUCUCAAGAAUAAAGACCACGUCAAUGAUCCCCUCGGCUCACUCUUGUGUGAUGCCACGAAUCGCCUCUUUGGCCACCCCGCACUCAACCGCAUGGUCAUCCUGCAGCACCCUGGACAAACCAUGCUUGAUGUCGCGUGCGGUAUGCCAUGCGGGCCAGUCGUUUGGGUCCUAUGUGCAUAUGGUGCAAAAGGCUCCAUACAUCCACUUGGCUCGGAUUUGGCCUUGCACAACGCCAUAAAAAACGGACGUGUAUAUACUGUUCAAACGCUACUCCUAUCGGGCCGCUCGGCUAUUGAUGGUAUUUCCGACUCCAAAUGGACACCACUUCGACAAGCUGUAUUCUGGAUGCAUCCAGAAGUCGUCCGCAUCCUUUUGAGCCGAGGCGCAAACGUCGAGGAUCCGGAUCCCCCGCUUGUCCAGACAUGCGUAAAUUCUCCGCUACAGCUGUGUCUGGUGCGCAGGAUAAAUAACUACUCUGAUCCCUUGUAUCGCAAAAACUGUCACAAGAUUCUCAAACAGCUGCUCACUGCAGGAGCAAAUGUCCACAGGACUUCUCAAGAUCCUAUGAUUCAAUCGACGUUUGACGCGUUCUUACAGCCAUGGAAAAAUCGUCCUUACUGGGCUUUUGAAGUCCCUGAAGAAGAGCUCGAGUGCUUUGUAAUGUUGAUAAGCAAAGGUGUUAAUCUCCAGUUGUCCUUUCAGGGAGUUCCUUGUCGGUCACCUGCCAAGGGGACUUUUGUGCAUCAGGCACUUUGGCACUCGACACCAACGAUUGCAAGAUUGCUUAUCGAUAAAUUUGCUCAAACGCCAAAUGAAAAUGGUUCGCUGCUUCUCCAGGAAGUUCUCGGUAGCUGUCCAGAUGCAAAGCGACACGGCACCGACACACUGCGCGAUAUUCAAGUUUUGCUUGGAAAAGGCAUAAGUCCAAACCGCACAGAAGGCAGCCUAAUAAGUCCAUUGCGCAAGUGUAUUACAGAAUGCCCUGCUGUCGAUCUUGUUGCAUGUCUUCAGGUUCUUCUUGACGGGGGCGCAGACCCAGAAGCCGAAGACCCUGACGGCGUGCAACCGUAUAUUCUCGCGGCUGAAACUUUCGACGAGCCACUGCUAUCUGAAGUAAUGUCCGCUCUGAUUGCUAAGAUUUCCGGGACACAUGCCGGGACUCUUGAUGGCGCCUCGUCUCAAGGGUGUGGCGACCUUUUUCCCAUCUCGACAACACAGACGUACGAGCAAGUCAUGUCAUGUACACGGCCGACAGGCGAUCUUACGCUUUACAUGCAAAGCAUGGUACCCGAACAUAUCCAACCAGUUUUGCGCAAAGCAUACUUCUCCGUAGCCAGUCGAUACUUUCUCGAAACGACGGUUGGGCACUCGAACACACGAUUGUUGGAUCCUAAAGAGAAGGAUGAAAUUAUGCAGAUUGUCCUGAUGCGUGCAACCUUGGGUAUUUCGUGUGUCGAAUUUAACAUAGACCCUGUCGGUGCAGUACUGCACAUGGUGCCUUAUUCGCCAGAUAAAAUACCAGAGCCGACCACACCUGAGCCGACAACGCACAAUAGUCCUGUCGUUGCUGUUGAUAGAAGCUCGCCUGCUUCGAGUAGUACGAUCGAUUCCAUCCUUUCAACACACGCACCGUUUCAAUUCAAUCCCACGGGCAACAAGUCAACAUUAGCUGAUUCCCAACUCCCACCUGACCCGGCUGCUCCGGCUUCCCCACCAGGGUCGAGCGAAGACUUCUUCAUCCCAUCUACAACACGACUGCGGUGGUCAAACCCCUGCGCAAAACCCCAACCAGGCGACACACAAAAAGUUCUCGAAGCUGUUCUGAAUGUCACAUGUGAAACAUGUAACGAUGGGAAGAUGUUGACAAAGAAAGAGGCAGAGAGGCAUGGAAUUGAGCACACACAUUGUGCAGAUUGUAUCAAUGAAGACUGCACAAGGCGCUUCUGCGCUGCAAGAAGAACAGCUAGCUAGCGAUCCAGACGACGCUAUCAUAAAAGUUAGUUUCAUA